UUCUACUUCCGGCUAUUUCUGCUAUGUAUGUAAACGUUGUUUUCGAUUCAUGUGUGUGUAACUUAACGUAAAUUAAAAAAAAAAUGCCGUCUAUAGAGAUAGAUGCUCCGAAUAUCGAGGAUUUAAAAAUCGAUGAAGCUCCAGCUAUUAAAUCAACUGUUGGAAUUAUUUAUCCACCUCCUGAAGUGAGGAACAUUGUUGAUAAAACAGCCAGCUUCGUUGCCCGUAAUGGACCAGAGUUUGAAAACAGAAUUCGGCAGAAUGAGGUGAAUAACCCAAAGUUUAACUUCCUACAGCCCACAGAUGCAUACCAUGGCUAUUACCAGUACAAAGUGUCAGAGUUUAAAGAGGGCAAAGCUCAAGAACCUCAGGCUCCAAAGCUGACAAGUCUCUACCUUGGAGUUCGUCCAACUGAAACACAAAAAAUUGUUGAAACAUUUGUUCCUAAGGAUCCACCUCCAGAGUUUGAGUUCAUGUGUGACCCACCUUCCAUCUCUGCCUAUGAUCUGGAUGUGGUCAAGCUGACUGCUCAGUUUGUGGCCAGAAACGGAAGACAGUUUCUUACCACAGUCAUGCAGAAGGAACAGAGGAACUAUUUGUUUGACUUCUUAAGGCCUCAGCACAGUUUGUUUACAUAUUUCACUAAGCUGGUGGAGCAGUACACAAAGAUUCUCAUUCCACCCAAAAAUUUGAAAGAAAAAUUGAACAAGGAAGUCAACCACCCCAGAGAGAUUCUUGACCAAGUGAAGUAUAGAGUAGACUGGGCUAAACAUCAGGACAGAGAGAAGAAAAAGGAGGAAGAAGCUCUGGAGAAAGAAAGAGUUGCCUAUGCCCAGAUUGAUUGGCAUGACUUUGUUGUGGUAGAGACAGUAGACUUUCAACCAACAGAAAUUGGUAAUUUACCACCUCCAACAACGCCGGAAGAAGUUGGAGCUCGUAUUCUACAGAUGGAACGAUUUGUUAGGGGAGAGAUUCCAAUUGAUGAUGCUGUGGAGAUGGAGGUGGAAUCUGAAGGAGAGGACGAUGAGGAGUCUGAUGAGGAUGAUAGAGAGAUAGCAAGGGCAGCACGUCCAAUGACAGAUGGGGUAUCCCAGGACAUGGAAGAAUCAGAAGAGGAUUCAGAGGAAGAAGAUGAAACACCAAGAGGAAGACUUGCGCCACCGCCACCACCCCCUCCCCCACCUCCAAAGGAGGCUCCUCCACCUCCACUUCCUCCUGCUCCAGAGCGAGUGGUUAUCAAAAAGGACUACAAUCCAAAAGCCAAGCCAGCCCCGCCAGCGGAGCCUAGUCCUGACCAAUUUAUGAUUUCUCCAAUCACUGGUGAGAAAAUCCCGGCACACAAAGUCCAGGAACACAUGCGUAUCGGUUUGUUGGAUCCCAAAUGGAUGGAGGAUCGUCAGCGGUCACUUGCAGAUAAAUCUGACCAGGAGGAGGUAUUUGCUCCUGGCUCUGCCAUAGACUCGAACCUCAAAUUGUUGGCCGAGAGACGUACAGAUAUUUUCGGUAUUGGUACUGAAGAAACGCAGAUUGGUAAAAAGAUUGGUGAAGAAGAAAAGAAAGAGACUAAAGUGGUUUGGGAUGGACACACAGCAUCCAUGGAGAAAGUGUCUCAGCUGGCAAGAGAAAACAUUUCCAUUGAAGAGCAGAUUGCCACCAUACAUAGAGCCAAAGGGCUAGUGCACGAUGAGGAGAAAGAAAAAAUUGGACCUGCUGUGCCUAAAGUUGCCCCGCCACUGCCCCCUCCUCCGCCAUCAGCGGGGACCAAUGCUCCGCCACCGCCCCCUGUGGCUGCCAUAGUUCCCCCACCUCCUCCUGCCCCUCCCCAGCAGUUACGCCCUGCCAUGCCUCCCAUGGCCCACCCCAUGAUAGCUGGGCCUCCCAUAGGCAUGCCUCCUAUGAUGGUUGUUCCACCAAGGCCUCCGAUGAUGAUGGGUAUGGCUCGACCACCAAUGAUGGCCCCAAUGGGAAUGGCCAUGCCGCCCUCAGCUCCUAUGAUGGCCCCUGCUAUCCCCAUAAGACCUCCUGGUAUUGGCGGUGCACCAGUCCCCACAGAGGAGCCACCAAGCAAGAAACAGAAGACAGAAGAAAAUCUGAUCCCAGAAGAUGUCUUCCUGCAAACUCACAAGGGCAAUGUCAAGGUCCAGGUGAUGGUCCCCAAUAUUGCAGACAAACCAGAGUUAAACUUGAAGGGACAAAAGCUGGAGUUCACCUUGCCCAUCACAGACUCAGUGUCUGUUCUUAAAGUCAAGUUACAUGAAACACUUGGACUGGCCGCGGGCAAACAGAAACUUCAGUAUGAGGGCAUGUUUAUCAAGGAUUCCAACAGCUUAGCUUUCUAUAAUUUCCUGAACGGUGCCACAGUUCAACUGCAGUUGAAAGAGAGAGGUGGGCGCAAGAAGUAGAUUAUAUUCAACUCAGUAGAGGCCUCAGCAAACUUGUAUUGGACUGUUGUUGUUUUUUUUUUUUUUUGCUAAUAAAUAUUUAAAAUUUU